AUGACCUCAGUUUCCAUACUGAGUUUCAUAGUCUUCAUGUCAAUGUUUUCUGCGCUCCCCGUCUUUGAAGCAGCGGAAGCUGGAGAUGCACUCGCCUUCUUGCUGGGUGUUGUCCUCAGCAUUACAGGCACAUGUGCCUGUUUGGGAGUUUAUGCUCGGAAGAAAAAUGGACAAAUAUGA